GGCAAGGCAACAAGGGCGCGGAGGUAGCUCUAGUCGUGCUCUGCAGGUCCCUCAUUCCUCCCCUCGUCCGCUCCUCCCCUCCUCCUCUUGUUCCUCGUCCUCUCGUCCCCUCCCACCAGAGAACUUCGGGUUCGAGGGGUUGGUGCAUGUGACAUUAUCGGGCGCCGUGCAUCACGGCAACAAGGGCGUGGAGGUGUGGCUGCAGAACUUCGCCCCGGGCUACGCCACCAACGUGCGCUCGCAGGAGCAGGUGAGUGGGGGGGAAAGGGAAUUCUCAGCAACACACCGUGGUGGUGGUGGUGGUGGUGGUGGUGGUGGUGGUGGUGGUGGUGGUGGUGGUGGUGGUGGUGGUGGUGGUGGUGGUGGUGGUGGUGUGGUGGUGGUGGUGGUGGUGGUGGUGGUGGUGGUGGUGGUGGUGGUGGUGGUGAUGGCGGUGCUGCUGCUGCUGCUGGGUCAGGACAGGAGGUCGCUCUGUCCCCUCCACUGCCUGUCACUCAUUCACCAAUCAUUGUCUGCCACUUGUCAUCCUUUAUCCACCCUUAUUCUCCCCUCUGCUUCCCUCCUGGACACAGUGGUGGUGGUGGUGCUGAGGGGCGAGGCUGCGCUGCGCUGCGCUUCCACCGCCUGUCACUACGACACAGUGGUGGUGGUGCUGAAGGGGGAGGGCGCGGUGCGCUACCGUCCCAAGAGCACCGACCUGGACACAGUGGUGGUGGUGCUGAAAGGGGAGGGUGCGCUGCGCUUCCGUCCCAACAGCACAGACCAGGUGUCGCCGGCACCCUUCGCCUCCACGCCCUUCCAUGCCAACUCCACCGUCAUCAUUCCGCGCAACACCGUUCACCAGGCGCACCGGGGCGCUUUCCCGCUUCCCCCACUCGGGCCUCCCUCAUUUGCCCUAUCGCAUCUCAACUUGCAUAUUGCUUCCCCUCCCCCUCUCUUCCAGCUGGUGAACAGCGGCAAGAAGCGCCUGCAGUUCCUGCACAUAUUCGGCAAGCCGCCCAUCAGGUUCAGGGAGUUCACAUCAUGGGAGGAGGCUCAAGGCAAAAAGGUCUUCCCAGGGCCCUUCGACCCGCAAGUGCCUUCCUGGCAGCUUCUUCGGCGGGCACAGGGCCCCUCCCAGCCGGGAUGUGUGACGCGUGACGAGGGAAGAAGCUGGUGGCGUCAGCCAGGCACAGGACAGGACGGCUUGAAAGCUCGUUGCACCAGGGGCACGUGGAAGAGUGUGGGAGGGGGGGGAGUGCUCGUGCUGUGA